AUGUUCAGUGGUGCCCAGCAGCAGGAUUACUCUGCAAUGAUCUGGCUGAAGAGGAGAGAUAAACUGGAGCGGUCCCAGCAGAAGUGUAUUGCUGUGUUUGCACUGGUUUGCUGCUUUGCUGUCCUGGUGGCUCUGAUUUUCUCGGCUGUGGACGUUUGGGGAGAGGAUGAGGAUGGUGUCACUGAGGAAAACUGCAGCAGAAAUUGCCGCAUUGUCCUUGUGGAGAACAUCCCAGGAGAGCUGUCGUUCAAUAGUUCGUCUCAUCUCCCGCUCACUGUGGGUCUCAACCACCUUUUGGACCAAGCCAAACUGUCAGUUGAGAUAGUGUCUCCAUACUGGGCUCUGACCUCUACUGAUCAGGGGGCACGGGUGUACACUUCCUAUCAGGGUCAGUAUUUGUUUCAGAGAUUGUUAAGCCUGAAGUCUCGAGGUGUCAAAUUAAAGGUUGUCAGUGACCAACCCAACUCCACUGAGCUGAAGAGCAUGUCUGAGCGCUAUGCCGAAGUCCGCUAUGUCAACAUGACGGCCCUCACCAGAGGACGACUGCUUUCCUCCUUUUGGGUCGUGGACAGGAAGCACAUUUACAUCGGCAGUGCUGGAAUGAACUGGAAGGCUCUGUCCAAGCUGAAGGAGCUUGGGAUCAUAGUGUAUGACUGCAGUUGUCUGGCUAUGGACCUGCACAGGAUCUUUUCUUUCUACUGGCAGCUGCAGUACAGGGACUACAUCCCUUCAAUCUGGUCUAAGAGAGUCACAGCCGUGUACAGCCGAGACGAGCCGCUCCAGCUCACACUGAACAAUACAGACGCUUCUGCCUAUGUGUCGGCCACCGUGGAGCUGAUGCAGGGGAAAGAGUUGAUGAAGUCUGCAGUGUUUGGGAGUGACUCGUCCCUCUCAGAGCCCGAAAGCAGCAGACUCCCUUUAUCCCCGCAUCUGGCACUAGAGCUGACCCACGCUAAAGCCAAGAUCAAACGCCUCAGACAGGAGCUUGAAGAGAAAAGUGAGCAGUUCUUGGACUCCAGGCAGGACCUGGACAGUGUGGAGGCCGAGCUUAAAAGACUCCAGCAAGAGAACAUGCAGCUGUUAACAGAUGCACGAGCAGCCAGGAUGUACCGUGAUGAGCUGGAUGCCAUGAAAGAGAGAGCCAUCAGAGCAGACAAACUGGAGAGUGAAGUGACUCGCUAUCGAGAUAAACUUCAUAACAUGAACUUUUACAAAGCAAAACUGGAGGAGCUAAAGGAGGAUAACCAGGUGUUGAUGGAAAGUAAGGCCAUGCUGGAGGAACAGCUGCAGAGCAUCAAAACACGAUCUGACAAACUGCAGCCUCUGGAGAAACACAACCUCCUACUAGAGGCAAAACUUCAUGACAUGGAAGAGGAAAGGACUGCAGACAGGAGGCGAAUAGAGGAGCUGAUGGAAAGGAACGUCAUUCUGGAGCUCUCUCAGAAAAGGAGUAUGGAGGAAUCGCAACGUUUGGGAUGGGAGCUGGAACUGGCCAAGAGUCCUCAACAGAAUUCAGCAACAGAGUUGAAGUCUUUGAGCCAGGAAGUAAAUGAAAAAACCUGUAGCAGAUUGCUAAAGCUGGAGAAAGAAAACCAGAGGUUGCUGAAGGCCCUUGAAGAACUUCAGGGAACAUGUGAACCACUUCAGGGAACAUGUGAGUUCAUUUAUAAAUCUAAUCACACUGAGAAAAAUGGAAGAACGGAUGAAAUGGGCUGUGAGACUUACAAAUCUACUCCAGCAUUUGGCAAGAUGCAAAAUGGCCAACUGACCACACCAACCCAGAUGACCAACAAUCAGUCGCUUGACACAGAACAUCAGCAUGCAUCCUUGGAAAAUGCCAACGGCAAUCUUCCUUGUCUUGAAGUGGAGCUUCACGAAUUAGAAGCAAUGAACCAAAGUCAAGUCAGUUAUAACCAAAGUCAUGCACAAGCAGAUAUUCAAAACCAAAGUAUAACGCAUGAGAACAGACAUCUGGAGCAAGAUAAGAGUUCCCUGGAGAAGGAGAAUCGGAGAUUGCGACAACAAGUGAAGAUCCAGGAGGCCUCAUUAGAUAGUAGCAGUUUGAAAAUUGCAGUCGCGGAUAAGGAGAACCGUACCUUGGUUAAAAAGAUAUCCAACCUUAGUGAGGCCUGUGUGAAGUACAAAGAGCUGGAGAAGGACAAUCAAGAGCUGAUUCAACAGGCUGGAGCAGACAAGAGGAUGAUGAUCACAAUGAGAGAGGAGCUUCUGGACCAGAGGUUGAAGUUGCAGCAGAAAGAAUGUGAUCUUGAGAAAUACAUUUAUGAAGUAGAGAGGAUGAGGUUGAACCAGGAGACACGAAUGGGAGAUCACGAGGCUGUAGAUCAAGGUCAGUGUAAGCAGUUGGAGUCAGAGAUGGAGUCUUCACUAAUGAAAUCCCUGAAGAUUAAGAAAGAGAGAAUGGCUUCUCUGGAGGCCCGUCUGCAAGAAUCGGCCAAGAUAAACCAGCAACUACGACAGGAUCUCAAAACUGUCAAACAGAACUAUGAGGCGAUGCUUCAGAAGGACGAGAAGGAAAAGCCAGGGCAGUGCUCUCCACCAGAGAGGAUGUGGCUAAGAGAAAGUCAGGAGGCCACUUGGGCAUUGCUUAAAGUCAAAGAUCGAGUCAUUGAAGUGGAGAGAAAUAAUGCAACAUUGCAGGCUGAGAAACAGGCAUUGCAGACUCAACUGCAGACUUUACAGACGCAGUCAGACGGGUUGCAGGCGCAAAUAAUUGUGUUACAACAGCAGACAGCAUCAUUGCAGGAGAACAACACCGCACUCCAGACACACAAUGCACAACUGCAGGUUGAGAAGUCCACUGUAUCAUCCCAGAAUUCCUCUCUGGUGGCUCAUAAUACACAGCUACAGCGGGAACGCCACAGCUCCGAGGCUGAGAGGGAGGGAGCGGUGCGGGAGAGAGAGGAUCUUCGCACCGUCAAUGAACUGCUUCUCCGGGACCAUGAGAGAUUGAGCGUCCUGCAUGAGAGGCAGGCGGCAGAAUUAGAGGUGCUGUCCCAUAGAUACUCGACAAUGGAGAGCAGCCACCGAACCCUGGAGAUUGAGCACAGAUCAUUGGAGGACAGGUAUAACACUCUACUCCAACAGCGCGCUCAGCUGGAAGGCUUAGAGAAAGCUCUCAGAGAAGAGCAGAAGAAGAUGCAGAAUGAGAUAUGCACGAACAGGAACGUAACAGCAGAGUGCCAAAGACUCAGAGAUGAGAAAGACUGGCUGAAUCAGACCUACCAGAAGCUGUUGGUGGAGAAUGAGGGACUUCAAGUUGAACACAAGAACAUGAAGAGCCAGCUAAACUCCAUCAAACUGGAGCAGACACAGCUGGAAUCAGAGCUGGCCAAACUCAAAGAUCUCAACCAGCAGCUGGAGAUCACCAUCAUCAAACUGACCAACCAGUGUGAGUUGCUGUCCCAGCUGAAGGGGAACGUAGAGGAGGAGAACCGCCACUUGCUGGAUCAGAUCCAGAGCCUGAUGCUGCAGAACCGAACCCUGCUGGAUCAGACUAUGGAGAGCAAGGACCUGUUUCAUGUGGAGCAGAGACAAUAUAUAGACAAGCUGAAUGAGCUCAGAAGGCAGAAGGAGAAACUGGAGGAGAAAAUCAUGGACCAGUACAAGUUCUAUGACCCGUCACCUCCACGCAGACGGGGGAACUGGAUAACGCUGAAGAUGAGGAAGCUGAUGAAAACAAAGUCUCGUGAUCUAGAACAUGUUCGUUCGUCCUCUCCUCAGCUUGGCUCUGAGUCAUGUGAGGGUCUAGAUGACCUGCGCUGUCAAGACAACGGCUCCUUCAUGGGUUCCCAGGGCUCAGAAGAAUCUGCUUCCAACUCUCUCAAUGGUGACACCCUUUCCCCAAAGAGGAGCAGCAUCUGCGCCCUGAAAAUGUUUCACGUUAAGCGUAACAAACCGAAGGAUAAAGACAAAGUCAAGUCUCUCUUCCGCCGAUCUCAGUCGAUGAAUGACCUGCUGCUGUCAGAGGGAUGUUUGGAUGGGGACUCCAGGCUGCAGGAAGAUCAGCCAGAAGAGCAAACCAUUGCCAUUUCAAAAAAAUGCUUCACAUCAGCAUUUCAUCAUUACUCUUCCAUUGACAUUCGUACAGCAGUCGGUAAUCAAGGUAAAGACACGAUUCCAUCAGGUCUUACAAAUGGCACCGAAGGCCAAGAUCAUGGCACGACUGGCAAAUCAAGCCGUGCCCCCAGCGCAAGCAGUGGUGAGUUUAAUGUGAGCCUGGAGAACGAGGCCUGGUCCAGCGAUAGCAGCCCCCAUCCAGAUCCAUUCUCCUCCAACCGCCAACGAUUCAAUGAUUCUCCUUCGUCCUCCCGUCCCAACCAUGAGGAGCUCAGGCAGGGUUAUUGCGCCCCAGGGAGUGGGGUACGGCGGACAAGCAGUGGAAGAUCUGUCGGAGACCGCUUAACCCCAAAGCUGGACAAAGCAAACAUCGGACUGUAUAAAACGCAGAGCGUGCAAAGUACAGACUCUGAUUCCAAACCUGCCCUUGAUGCUCAAGGGAAGUCCUCCUCUGUAUCAGGGUGUUUGAAUUGCUUUGCCACUCCGAUGCGAAGCCCCAAAACAGGCCAGGCUCUGUCCACUCUGCCCCGAGCCAGCUGCGUCAUCUCCACGUCCGAGGGCAACAGUCGGCGUGCCAGUGUCCUCAGCACUGUGUCUGGGAAGUCAGUGGGAUCGAUUUCAAGUAAGAACUGUGCAGAACCUCAACCUGAGCCCAGCGAGGAGGCUCCAAAAGAAAGCCCUGUUUUGGAAGAAGGAGACCACAAACCUGACAAAAUCUUUGAUUCUGCGUUCACUAUAGAUUCCGUUUUUACAAACACAAUUUUCAGUGAGUCAAGUUAAAGUCCGGGUGAGCCUGAAGAUGUUAAGACUUUUAUUUCAGUAUUUUGAUGGACUUCCAGCUGAAACUGAAUAUUGAGUAGUGGGCAAGGCUUUCUUUUUGUCCGCCAUUCCCUUUUAGCAAACUAACGGUAAGAGCGGCGUGUUUAAGAGUAUUUUGGCUAAAGCAGUCAAGCAGACGUCAACAGGGAAAGACCACCACUUCAAACGCAGAAGCAAAUGGUCAGACUUUUAAUUGAUAAUUACCACAACAAACAUUAUGUUUCAGUGGAUGUACUUGCACAGAUCAAUUGUUCACUCUAAGAACAAUAAAGUGAGCAACGUAAGGAAACAUUGAACAUUUUGACUUUACACAGACUUAGGAUAUGAAUGAACCAUUUGACCUUCUUAUUUAGCGACAAAGAGACAAGUUAUUUUCCAUGAAUGUGAAAGACAUCUUUCAAUAUAUUAGUCACUACAUAUAACUCUGAUCCUGGAGGACCACUGUCUUACCUUCUCGGUCACUCAGAAAUUUCUUAAAGACACCCUGAUAAUGUUAUGGGAUUUGUCCAACACAGGCUUAAGGCUGGUUCAUACUUCUGUGUCGAGCAAUUGCCGUGACCCAUGGCGCCUACCUUGCGCGUUGCUGUGCAUUUAUAUUUCUGCGUGCUGUUUGUGUUGCUCUGCAAUAACACUUUCAAAACGCUAGCUGGCAGUAGGUUUUUAUGUUCCUCUGUGUCAAGUUUCUUGGCUGGUGUUUUGUUUUUUCUGAACGCUACUUUAAUGUACAAGUCGCUCAAACUCCGGAACCGGCGGACAUUAGUGCUUCCAAGCCAACUAAUCACAGAGCUUAUGCCACGUGUCAUUGCAAUGUGUAGUUAAAUUUUUGAGAGGUGUGCGUCAGCAACGGCAAGGGCUAUGCGACCACGCGAAAGCUGCACCGGACCAAACAUGUGCGCUUGACGCAGAAGUAUAAAUAAGCCUUUAUUGUGUAUACAUACCCCUGUCUACAUUUAUGGAGAGCAUGAAUUAUGCAGCCAGAGGUAUGUCUGUCUGCAUUUCAUCUUUUAAAUGAACGCUAUAGGGCGGGCUGAUGAGUAUAGUGGCUCGUACAUCGGCGGACUUGGGACGUAGAGCUGAAUUGACUGAAAUGACGGGGUUCGAGUCCGGCGAAGAACGGUUCCAGAAUCCAGGUAAAGCAAAAAAUAAAACAAAAUAAAUAAAUAAACAACAGGCUGAAAAAGGAAGUGAAAUCAUGCGGCUGCGACAGCUUUUCUUUUCCGAAAUUGCUUUUGAAAACACUAGCAGCAGCCUCUGGUGGUUUUGCAAAAACAAAAUCUGUGAGCAGACGUACCUCUGGUUACGUAUUUUGUUGUCCCCAGAAAUGUAGACCUAGGUACAUAUCCGCAAUGAGCCUGGGUUGGAUUUGUCUGGGGAUCAUUACAUUUUGGUUUAUUUGCACUCCUAGGGAUUUUCUGAAACACACACACAUUCCUUAUGACAUCUGUCCUUCCUUUUAUUCACAAAGAGCAUGUUUUAGGCAAUGUUACUAUAGGUUCCUAUUUUGAGAUCAAUCCCAGGAUGUGUUUACCUUCACACGCAAGCCUCUCUAUCAAUUUUAGGGGAUCAACGGUCUGUGUGAAAUAAGAUAUAUACCAAGAUCCACGUAAUUAUGAUCAUAUAAUUAGUCAGACAAGUCAAGAGUGCACUAUGAUUAUGCCAUCUCUGAGCUGAAUUUGGGCAUAAUUAGUCAGGAAGCCAUGAAAAAGACGUCACUAAACAAUACUCAACUAUAGUCCAGGCAUCUCUCGUUUUUGUUUUGUUAUAUUUUUUAUGUUUUAUUUUCCCUUUUCAAUCCUUAUUUCGAUUCUUAAUCUUUUUUUUAUAUGUUGAAUAAUAUUGUGUUCACUUCAUCUGACAGAUACUUGCAUGAACGUAACUCUAGAAUUUAAAUACAGGUGUCCCUCUGUGCAUGUAGCAACACUAUCUCACGGCAAUACGUAACUUUUUGAUUUAGUGGCUAAUUUGUAUGAAACCGUAAGAUCUCAUUGGCGCAAUUUAGUAUGAUUUGCUUAUCCCCCAAUGACGAUUGGGUUUAGGGGUGGGGUUUGGUGCCACGCCUCCUUUUAAAAAUUGUACUAUUUUUUGUACGACUAAACUUUUACGAAUUCAUACGAAUCAGCCACUAAACUGACAAAACGUAAUAUAGUUACAUUUCCUCAUGAGAUCAGGUUGAGACUUCUGUGGUUUAAUUUGUUCUAUUCUGUAUAUUACAGUCAUUUCCCCUUUUGCAGAAUAGUGUGUUGUUUCUUUGGUUGUUUUAGCUAAAAAAUGCACAUCGUAUUUGUUAAAACCAGUCAAUAUCUCAGAGUUCCAUUGUGUCUUGCCUUUUUAUUUGAUCAACUUUCCUCUUAAUUUAUGAGAACCUGCUUAUGUUGUUCUGGUUUGUGCUUGUGUUUCAUAUAUUUGUACGCUGAAGUGGUUUGAAAUAUAAAUUAUGAAAACUAAACUGUAUGUUUUUGAAAUAAUAAAAACAACUAUGUACAGCAUCUAUCUAUCUAUCUAUCUAUCU